AACCGCGAGAUUACAUCUUGUAGCUUCGAAGCAGACACCAGUAAGGGAAGAGGUUUUUGCUCCUGCAGAAUGACGAGGGCGGCUCUCUUUCAGUUGCUACGAUCACAAUCCAAGAAUCUCUCGCAGAGAAAUCUCCAUUCAGGUUAUCAUCUUCAAAGUUCAUCUGCGUUGAUCGAUAAAACUUGUGGACGCACGAGCAGCUUUGUUUCGCGUCUGAGUGCAGUUCAGAAGAGAUGGGCAUCUCAAGCUACAACAAGAGAGGAUGAAAGCAAGAUCAGCAUUGGACCACGCAGAGGACAAGAAGGCGAGGAAGAUGAAAAGGAUGUUGCUUAUGUCGGACCAAUCUCGUCGACCAUCAAGAAAGUUAAGCUUCUAUCUCUAUCUACAUGCUGCCUCUCCGUGUCGCUUGGCCCGGUCAUAACCUUCAUGACAUCCCCUGACAUGAAUGUCAUCCUGAAAGGUGCUGUUGCUUCAACUGUAAUAUUCUUCAGCGCUACCACCACCGGGGUGCUUCACUGGUUCGUGAGCCCUUACGUUCAUAAAAUUAGAUGGAAACCAGGUUCAGACAGUUUCGAGGUCGAGAUUAUGUCGUGGCUGGCAACGUACAUUCCUCGAACAAUCCGGUUUGCAGAUAUUCGACCACCCGAAACCAAUCGUCCUUUUGUGACAUUCAAGGCUAAUGGGAGCUUCUACUUUGUAGACCAAGAGCACUGCCAGAACAAGGCAUUGUUGGCCAGACUGACUCCUCAGCAACAGGAGUCGGCUUUUAAAAACUUGUAAUUGCGUGAGAGAUUUUUCUUUUCUUUUUUCACUGAGUUGAACGCCAAUGAGAUGGCUGAACUGAUGUCAUAAAUUUGCUCCAAACAAUUGAGUUUUAGAACACAAUUUAUUUGCGUAUUCGAU